UUUCACUUCUUAGAAAAUAGUAUAUAGUGUAUGCAAUGCACAACCUUUUUUUUUUCUUUUUCAUAAUAAUCGCGUUAGAGAAUAGAAAUAGUAAUAGAUCUUAGCUUGGAAAUAGAUCGUCGUUUACGUGAAAAUACAAACUUCACUUGAGCUCCACCACCUUCCUAUUUCUUCAUUUCUUUAUUAUUGUUAUUUUGCUUAGAAAUUAAACAUGUUGUAAAUUCCUACUUAAAGCUUGGUUAGUUUAAUUAUUGCGAACGGCGUUUCUUCAAUGAGAAUUGAAUUGAAUAGAAUAGCAUCAUCAUUCCUUUGGUAGCAAGGCAAGAUAACUGCGAAUUUUCAUUAUUGUUAACUGCACUAAAAAUCUCAUCCAACUGUUGAAUUAUUAUAAUGGUGGAUAUCUUUUUUAUAGGCUGUAACAAUGGACCGACGGUGGCCGUGGAAGAAAAAAUCAUCUGGCAAGGCUGUGGACAAACCAUUGGAAUCUGGCGAUGCUUCUGAUCAGGCCAAUCAGGACAGGAAGGAAGUGAACUACGUCCAAAUCUCUGUGGAAUCAUAUUCACAUCUAACUGGUUUAGAAGAUCAAGUAAAAACAUAUGAGGGAAAAGUUCGAACACUUGAGAAUGAGAUCAAGGAGAUGAAUGAAAAGCUCUCAGCAGCAAACUCUGAUAUCAAUACCAAGGAAACUAUUGUAAAACAGCAUGCUAAAGUGGCUGAAGAAGCUGUCUUAGGUUGGGAGAAGGCUGAAGCAGAAGCUUUGGCGUUGAAGAACCAUUUAGAAUCUGUCACUCUUUCCAAACUCACGGCCGAGGAUCGCGCAUCACAUUUAGAUGGGGCUCUUAAGGAAUGUAUGCGACAGAUAAGAAAUCUUAAGGAAGAACAUGAACAGAAAAUACAAGAAGUUGCUCUGGCGAAAACCAAGCAAUUAGACAAGAUUAAGGGGGAACUGGAGGCAAAGAUAGUUAACUUUGAAGAGAAACUUGUCAGGGCUAGUGCUGAAAAUGGAGCACUCUCAAUGUCCUUGCAGGAGCGCUCCAACAUGCUGAUCAAAGUGAGCCAAGAAAAAGCACAUGCUGAGGCUGAAAUUGAGCAUCUUAAGAGCAACAUAGAAUCAUGCGAGAGAGAGAUUAAUUCACUUAAAUAUGAACUCCAUGUUGUUUCGAAGGAACUUGAAAUUCGCAACGAAGAGAAGAACAUGAGUAUUAGAUCAGCAGAAGCUGCUAACAAGCAGCAUGCAGAGGGUGUCAAGAAAAUUGCUAAGUUAGAGGCUGAGUGCCAAAGGUUACGUGGUCUAGUGCGGAAGAAGUUACCUGGCCCUGCUGCACUCGCACAGAUGAAGUUAGAAGUUGAAGGCCUUGGCCAUGAUUACAGAGAGAGUCGAAUAAGGAAGUCUCCCGUGAAACCUGCUGCUCCGUAUUUGUCCCCAUUGUCUGAGUUCUCCUUAGAGAAUGUACAAAAAUUCCAGAAAGAGAAUGAAUUUCUCUCGGGGCGUUUAUUGGCAAUGGAAGAAGAAACAAAGAUGUUGAAAGAAGCUUUGGCUAAACGUAACAGUGAAUUGCAGGCAUCAAGGAGUAUGUGUGCUAAAACACUAAGCAAACUUCAGAGUUGGGAAACACAGCAUCAGCAGAAAGGAUCCCCAGAAUCCAUCACCCAGAUGACCCAUGCAAGCAAUGCUCCAAGCUUGGUCUCCAUGUCUGAAGAUGGAAAUGAUGAUACAGGAAGCUGUGCUGACUCUUGGUCUACGGCAAUAGUCUCCGGGCUGUCCCAAUUCCCUAAAGAAAAAAGCACUGAAAAAUCGAUCAAAUCUGAAGCCACUAAGAAGUUGGAACUAAUGGAUGACUUUCUAGAAGUGGAGAAGUUAGCUCGUUUGUCAAAUGACACCAAUUUAGAUGAGGUAUCUUGCAAAGAUGUUCCAUCUGAAGAGAACAAUGAUAUAAAGAGCAACGACUCGCAACUAUCAGAGCUUAGGUCAAGAAUAUUAUCAAUUUUUGAGUCCAUUGCUAAUGAUGCAGACGUAGGGAAGAUCAUACAAGAUAUUAAGCACAUAAUAGAAAUGGACAAGGAAGCCACUUCAUCCCACUAUUCCAACGAAUAUGUGCAGAUAAACUCAGAUUUGGAAGCUGCAAUUUCUCAUAUUCACGACUUUGUGUUGUUACUGGGCAAAGAAGCAAUAUCAUUUCAUGACAUAUCGUCCGAUGGAAGUGAAAUGAGUAAAAAGAUUGAGGAAUUCUCUUUUACUUACGAUAAACUUCUAUGUAACAAUGCAAGUUUGGUCCAGUUUGUUCUUGGCCUGUCCAGUGUUUUAACUAAAGCAAGUGAGUUCAGAUUUAAUGUCCUUGGCUACAAGGGUACAGAAGCUGAAAAUAACAGUCCUGAUUGUAUAGAUAAGAUUGCUUUGCCUGAAAAUAAGCUAGCUCAAGACAAUGCAUCUGGAAAUAGAUAUCAAAAUGGUUCUUCCCUUAUUCUGAAUCCUUGUUCUGAUCCUGAGGUUCCUGAUGAUGGAAAUGUGGUUUCUACAUCGAAGAGCCUCUCCGAUGAAUAUGAAGAAUUGAAACAGGAGAAUCGAAAACUAGUAACUGAUCUGUCACAGUGUGCUCAAAAUCUACAAAUGACAAAGUCUCAAUUGCUAGAGACUGAGCAACUUCUAGCAGAAGUAAAAUCAGAAUUGGCUUCUGCUAUAAAAUCAAACAGCUUGGCUGAGACGCAGCUGAAGUGCAUGGCAGAGUCAUACAAGUCACUUGAAGCACGUGCCCAAGAGCUUGUAACCAAGCUGAACCGUCUUCAAAUUGAGACAGAAACCCUGGAGAAUAAGCUUCAAGAGGAAAAGAAGGCUCACGAAACCGUAUUGGCCAAAAGCAAGGUGCUGGAGGAGCAACUACAGAGGAUUGAGAGUUCAGCAGCUGAUAGUCGCAUGAAGUCUACACAGGAGAAAGAUUUGGCAACGGCGGCGGAGAAGCUAGCUGAGUGUCAGGAAACUAUAUUUCUUCUUGAGAAGCAGUUAAAUGCUCUGCAUCUAGAAAAUCCAAAGCCAGAAAGUGGUAGUUCUAAAUUGGUGGAAAGAGUGGGUUCUGGUUCACCCUUGUACUUCUCCAACAGCUUAUCUAGCCCAGACAACGAGUCGAGCCUUCUAGCGAGAUCCCCGGUGCGGCAUCACAAAGCAAGACACAGGCCAACCAAAUCAGCCUCCUCAACGGCGGCUUCUUCCACGCCUACACCGGAGAAGCAUGCGCGAGGCUUCAGUAGAUUCUUCUCAUCAAAAGGAAAACCUUCUCGUUGAGUUAUUAAAUUAGCCUCUUUGGUAAUUUGGUUUGUUGUGUUGUUGAGUGGAGAAUACCAUGCAUCAUUGCAUAUAAUCUGAGGCCAUUCUUGUUAUUGUAUGUAACAGCUUUGUAAAUGGUUACUAUAUGCUGUUUUCUUUCGUUUUGAGCUUCUUCUGUAACUUAAAUAGCAGGUAUUGACAUAGUCUCUCUCUAUAUGUUGUAAUUCUCCUUACCAAACCAAAAACAGAACUUAAACUAUGUUGUAUUUUCCUUCACUAAAUUUAUAUAUACCUUGAUUCUU